UGCCCCGUGCUUCUCAAGCACUUCAUUAGUUUCAUUGAACAAUGGCUGUGAGAUCAAAGCGUGUGACGGAUCCUCUAGAUGAACGAGUCAAAGAUCGAAUCGUCGGCCGUGACAGGCCGGAACUGGUGUACGGUAGCAGCGGUAGCGAGCACAGCGGAUCCGGUAACCAAAACGGUGAUGAUUCAUCAUCCUCAUCCAAUUCUCUCUCUUAUCUUCUUCAUUGCUUCGAUGAGCACCGGGAGGAAGAGGAAAAGGAAAAGGAAGAUGCCGUUAACGGCGAUGAAUUAGACGGAAGUCAUUUGCAGGAUAACGAUUCUGAUUCUGAUUCCGAUCGUGUGGAAGCGAAAUUUGAAGUAAUUAUUUCGACAUUGCGUGAUCUAAAUGUUGAUAGGUUCAGGAACGUUCUCCUCGCGAAUGUUGUAAAAGCUAGGGAGAUUUUCCGCAGUCUAAGACCUAACGCACAGAUUCUUAACCGUAACGUGAUGUUGUUUCUUCAAAACCUCGGCUAUAACGCCGCGAUCUGCAAGACAAAAUGGGAAACCUGCGGCGGACUCACGGCCGGUAACUACGAGUUCAUCGACGUCCUCCGAUCCGAUUCCGGCGUUCGUUACUUCAUCGAACUCAACUUCUCCGGUGAGUUCGAGAUCGCCAGACAGACAACUCAGUUCCAGAGAUUCUCACAGAAAUUGCCGAUUGUUUUCGUCGGAACAAGUGCAGAUUUGAAGAUGAUCGUGAAAUUUAUGAGCGACGAAAUAAGACGGUCACUGAAGAGCAGAGGAUUACUUCUCCCUCCGUGGAGAAAAAACCGGUUCAUGCAGAACAAAUGGUUCGGUCCGUACCGACGAACCGUAAAUUAUACUCCGGCUAACAUGUUGUCGUCUAUACCGGUUCCGGUGAACAAUACGACAUCAGGCGUUAAUUGCAGUUUGAUCGGAUUUAACGUCGUUGACGGUGCUCCGUUACUCCCUGCGGCAACCCGUACAAGAUAAUUUAAAAUAUUUCGUAAUCUAUAAAAAUUGCUGCAAUUUGAUC